UGUGGGAAGAACAACAUUGGGGCACAAGCUAGCUUUUACCAUUAAUGAUCACAUUCUUUUACAAUGUACCGAUAUAUUAAGGGUGUGCCGAAACAUUGUGAAACGCGAAAAAAACGUGAAAAGCGAACGGCGAGACACGAAAGUCGAAACGAAUUUAAAAAAGCGAAAGGCGAAAGACGAAACGCGAAAAAUGCGAAAAUCCGUGAAAGGCGAAACCAGGAAGGCGAAACCCGAAAGGCGAAACUGGCACAACCCUGGUAUGUGUAUUGCUUCAACCUCUCGCUGACGGUAGUACUUAAUCCAGAGGAGGCAAUUAUUUAUGAGGGUACUCGAUUAUAUACGGUAUUUAUCCUAAAUUCCAUUAUAAUAUUAACUUAAAAAAUAAAUUUCUUUAAAUUUUCACAGCUUAAAAUAAUUUCUAAAAAAUUAGAAACAACAACAAUGACCGGAAUACAAAAGAGAAGUGUAGCCAGUUGUCGCCUGAGUGCAAUAACUAACAAUAACGGCUCGGCAACUAUAGUUUCGGAAGUAACAAUUAAAACUCCUUCAAAACGUUCAAAUUCACAACCUAAUAAUUAUUCUAAAAUAACAAAUAAUAAUCUUCCCCCGCUUAUUUUGGUUAAUAAAUCAUCGCCCCUUCCAAACACUACAAGUGAGAGUGAAGGGGAGGAAGAAGAAGAUUUUGGAAGAGAAGACGAAGGAAGGGAGGAGGAAGAAGAUAAGGAUGAGGAAGAUGAGGAAGAAGAGUCUAAUGGAAGUCAUUUGGAAGAGGAUUUGGAUGAUGAUGAGGAGGAGGAAGAUGUUGAGCAGGAAAAUGGGACAAAAUGUAGAUUGGCCUUGGGCAAUGGUUCUGUCGGUCCGGCACACUUAGGACAGAGAAAUUCGGCUCCUUCUUCGUCUACUGUGUUUGUUAGUACUGUGGAAUCGAGAAAAAGGAUUAUCCGCCUUUUAAUUGCUAUUGUUUGUUCUUUUGCUGUUUUAACACUUCCCAACCAUAUCCGUUUACUUUAUUCUGCGGUAUAUUCGGAAGAAAGAAUUUGUUUGGGGGGAUUUGAGGUGUUUACUCAACCAGUUACUUAUUUGUUAUUAUUCCUCUCAAGUAGUUGUAAUCCUUUUUUGUAUGCUUUUAUGUCGCAAAGAUUUCGUUCUGCUAUACGUGAUAUUUUUAAGUGCAGAAGAGGACACAUUAGACGAAAAUCAACCAAAACUCGAACACAAAAUUCUGACGUCCUAUGUGCCGUUAAUUCAGGGGAUGGAGUUGCCCUGUCUGACUGUUCUUCACUGAAUAGAUUAAAUAAUAAUGCAAACAAUAAUUUGUUGGAUCAAUCAAAAGGAGAAGAAAUAAAUUCGAUACAAUGCGAAAAAAGCUUUCCUUGGGCUAAUCAUAAAGGGGAAGAAAUUAAUUGGUUAAAGGUCAAAAAACUAAAAAACAGUGAGCGAAAUGCAAGCGGAGGUUCUGGUAAUUCAACAACUACAGCUUCUUCAGUUUUGUAUACAACACAACAUUCUAAUGGAAGUUUACAAAUGGCUGUAGUUUAUAGAAAAUGUGCCUGCUAA